AUGGAAAAAUCUGUUGCAAAAGCCGCAACGGAAGAAGUUGGUCUAGGAGACUCGUGGACCGUAGUUGAUCAAGCGAUGUUUCCUGAAAUCGCACCAAGCUAUAGAUCAAAAGCAAACGUCAAUGAGGACCUCUCCGGCGACAGAGAGGAAAAGCCACAGACUCACACCAAAGCUGUACAAGUUGCGAAGCAGGAAACGAAUCUAGGAUCCUCGCGCGUUAAAAUGGACCGUCCGGAAAUGGUACAAACCCGUGCAUCCGCCAAUCAAGCAGUUGUUCAUGAAGAAAUCGUCGAAGACCCUACGGGCAGAUCAAGCGGUCUUCUACAGCCCCAAGACUCCGUAGACUUGCAAUCCUCUAACUCUGAGUCUGAAUCUGAGGAAGAAAACCGCCCUGAAGAUGCUGCUGAGAUCGCCAGAGUCGAAGAGGAAAUGAAAUUGCGCCUUCGGCUUCUCAUUGCACCAAUCUUUCCUGCUCUGAUCAGCGGUUACGUCUUGGCCAUGUACGCAUCCAACCUUGACAUUCCGGUACCUAACGGUUUGAUUUUAAUCACUGUAUUUUGCGCUUGGGUCUUUGGUAUUGGCGCAAACACAAUGGCUACCAUUUAA